CCGAUCAUAACCUGUCCUGCUUGCAGAAUCGUCAACCAAUUUUAGACUGUUGUGCUGCUAUUGGGGUCACAAAAACAGGUUGCAUACUUUCCCCUAUCCCUGUUCUUGCUCCUGGGAAGAUUUGUAUGACCUGUCGCAGAAGUGUUCAACUCAUCUCGUUCUGGCCACCUGCCAGACAACUACAUUUUGAAAAGUUAAGAACUGGUUCACAGCAACGGAACAGUGAUGGAACUACAGUGUGACAUUUGCUUUAAUCUAUUUGACCUGGACCACCACCGUCCAAAGAGCUUGAUCUGUGGACACACCAUUUGUCAAGAGUGCGUGCAGAAUCCUGGCUUGGGAGGGAAGUGUCCAACUUGUAGAAAGGACCUGAACGCCGACCCUGCCGCCCUCCCCGACACUAUCGCUUUGAUCCGCCUGAUUGAACACGACGGCGCGCCUCCUCUCAAGAAGCCCAGGACAGAGGAGACAGAGGUCCGGCAGCUGCGGCGGGGCGUGGAGGCAGGACGGAAGGUGGUGGAGGUGCUGCGGCUGGUGGUGCCCAGGGCCGUGGAGUAGGGUACCUCGAAAAACACCGUUUUUCGAAUCUGAUUUCGGCUCGGGUGGAUAAAUGUUCUAUCCAGUAACACUAUUAACGGUCUAAAAUAUUAUUUCGAUCGGAUAAAAUCUUCAGCCUCCACAGCG